CUCAACAUGGUAUUUAAAGAAAGCAAAGGGCAACUGAGCAGGAAACCGCUCAGCAAAGCAGCCUCACGGAAAGAACUGGGUGCAGAAGAAAAGAUUUCAUGCUUGCACUGCUGAGACUUCUAUGGGACUGAUUGCAAAGGAAGGUGCAUCGCCCAAAGAUCAACUAAAAAAUGGUGGAUAACAAUAUUCCUACCUUGGUUGUCGUCAACUCCACUAAAGUAUGCAAAGCAGGGUUUGCAGGACAUGAUGCCCCAAAUGUAGUAUUCCCCUCUGUUGUUGGGAGAAGAGGUAGGACAGCGAAGGACUUCUAUGUGGGAGAAGAAGCACAGAGAAAGAGAGACAUUCUGACCCUGACACAUCCCAUUGCGCAUGGCUACAUCUCCAACUGGGAUGACAUGGAGAAGAUCUGGCACCACGCCUUCUACCAAGAGUUGCAGGUGGCUCCAGAGGACUAUCCUGUCUUGCUUACGAAACAUUCGAUGGGGCGAAAAUGUUACCCAGAGAAGAUGAUGCAGAUCAUGUUUGAGACCUUCAGUGUCCCAGCCUUCUAUGUAGCCAUCCAGGCAGUGCUGUCUCUGUACGCCUCUUGUCGAACCACUGGAGUUGUUGUUCAUGUCAGGGGUAGUCAUGUGGACACUGUACCCAUCUAUGAAGGUCAUGCCUUGCUCCAUGCUGUUUUGAGAUUCAGCGUGGGUGGGAAUGACCUGACCAACUAUCUUCAGCAAACCUUGAACGCCAGAGAUUACAACUACUUCUCCAUGGUUAGCGGAGCGAUCAUGACUGACAUUAAGGAGAAGUUCUGCUACGUUGCUUUGGACUAUGAGCAGGAGAUGAUCACUGCUGCUGCUUCCCCCACUUCUCUGGAGAAAUGCUAUGAGCUGCCAGAUGGGAAGGUGGUUACUAUUGGUAGUGAGCGCUUUAGAUCCCCUGAAGUCCUUUUCCAACCCUGGUUGCUGAACAGGGAUCUGAUGGGAAACCAUGAGGGUAUCCAUGAGGUCCUUUUAAAUACCAUCAAGAAGUGUGACACGGAUCUCCUGAAGGACCUGUAUGCCAACACAGUGCUGGCAGGUGGGACCACCAUGUUGCCUGGCCUUGCUGAGCGGAUGCACACAGAGGUUACAGCCCUGGCUCCAAAAGGAAUGAAGAUUAAUAUCAUUGCUCCUCCUGAGCGCAAGGACUCAGUGUGGAUUGGGGGUUCCCUCCUGGCUUCUCUCUCCACCUUCCAGCACAUGUGGAUCACCAAGCAAGAAUACAAUGAGUUUGGCCCAUCCAUUGUCCACUGCAAAUGCUUUUGAGGGGUUGUUUUUUGCCACUUUCAUGCAUAAGCCAUAUUGUAGUGUAGACAAUUGUUUUUAAGAUGGUUCAAAUCUUAGGCAAUAGCAGUGGGUACCCAGUGUAACCAUAUGCUGACUGGUCUUCCAAGUAUUCAAACAUAGCAUCAUGAUGUGGCUAGUGCUUUCUACUCAUGUGACAAGAGGUUCUUAACCAAAGGGCUAGAUGAUACAUGUGUCUGUGUUACAUCUGCAGAUUGAGCCUUGUCUGCUGCGGCAAAUCUAGCAGUCUUAGUACCCUCCAUCAUGUACUAUGGUGCUUCCAAUAAGUGUUCUCUACCUAACAAAAGGGGAUGUGACAAAAGGUAGAGAUAUCUGGCAUGUCAGAAGAAGCAUCAUUUUGUGUUGCUAAUGGGAUUCAAAUUUUAUCUCAUGGACUUUGGAAGGCUUUGUUCCCGAUGCCACAUGGCCAAGAGGAGGAGGUACCAGCUUGGAUAGAUAUACCUCCAAUGAACACAAAAAGCAAGCUAAGAAAAUGCAAGCCUGUGACUAACUUUCUCAUUUUAACAUUUUUCCCUUUGCAUGAUUCAUAACAUUUUUGCCUGAUGAAGAAGCCAAUGGAGCUUUGAAAGCUUGCAUAAUUUAUUUUGUGCA